GUACUGCAGAAAUACAAUAAACAAUGUCUCAGUUUGCAAUAGUUAGCAAGGUGUUACUAGAUGGCAGAAUGCGUCACUUCCAGCAGUUAGUAGUCAAACUACAGUGGCUGCAGUAGAUUGUAAUAGGUGCUGCGUAAUUUGUGUUUAAUAUCGGUUUAAUAUAAGAAAAAUAUUAUAUCUGUUUAAUAUUUCAAAUAUAAAGAUGAUCGAGUGUCACAAAGAAGAUCAAAUGUAUUUGAUAUCUUGACAGUAUCGUCAAAUACAGCGUUCUCAUGGGACAUUGCAUAUCUGAAUUAAUACUGAGGAAUAUCUAAGAGUGAAAACAAUGUAAAGCAAUAAACAAUGUAAAAUAAUAAAUAGCUAUAAUUUUUUGGCAUAGUAUUUGUAAAAUGGGCAAAAUGAAGAGAAUACUAAGACCAUUUAUAAAAAUCAAGCGUCUUUCGAGAAGAAAAAAAAUGAUUCUAUUGGGUCGCGAAGUUAAAAAACAUAUACACUGUAAAUGGAAACAAAAUGUAAUGCACGCUAUUUUGGAGGCCACGAUAAACUUUAAAACGCUAAAAAUUAUAGCAGACCCGCAACUGGACAUAGAUUAUGUGAAGCGCAUGUCAACAAUGUCAAUUUAUGAUCGUAAUUACAGAAAUCCUGUACAAGAAAACAUUUCCGAAGAUUUCGUGCGUGCUAGAUCCGAUGUAACGCAUAAAUUGAAUAAUUUAAGUCUCGACGAUGAAAGUAACGACAAUUAUAACGUAAAUGCACCGCAGCAGGACAUCGGAUUCGAUAUUUUGCAGAAAACUUUUUUCCUUUAUAUAAGAGACAAAAGUGAGCCAGAUAUAUAUGAUGGAAUAAGAAAUAUAGUUAUGUCAUAGAAUGUAA